AUGGGCCACAUUGACGUCGACUCGGCCAAGGAUGUCGAGAAGGAGCCCUUGCCCGCCGAGUUCCAGGCCAAGGAGGCUUCCAUCCAGGAGCCGCAGCUCAACGUCGGCGGCCAUGGCGGCACCCAGCGACGGCUGCGGAACUACCAGGUCACCAUGAUCGGCCUCUCCAGCGGCAUCGGCACCGGCCUGUUCAUCGGAACCGGCUCUGCCUACGCCAAGGCCGGUCCUGCCGGUCUGCUGCUGGCCUACCUGGUCAUCGGCUCCGUGCUGUGGUGUGUGAUGCAGAGCAUCGGCGAGCUGGCCACCCUGAUCCCAACCGCCGGCUCCUUCCCCCACUGGGCCACCCGCUUCGUCGACCCCGCCGUCGGCUUCUCCCUGGCCAUCUCCUACGGCUACUGCUACACCAUCGCCAUCGCCUCCGAGUGCUCCGCCGCCGCAGUCCUCGUCUCCUACUGGACCGACGUCUCGCCCGCCGUCGUCAUCACCGUCGCCCUCGUCUUCAUCCUGGCCAUCAACCUCUGCAGCGUGCGCGUCUACGGCGAGUCCGAGGUCGUCGGCGGCGCCAUCAAGGUCCUCUGCUUCCUCGGCCUCGUCCUCGUGUCCAUCGUCAUCACCACCGGCGGCGCCCCCAAGGGCGACGCCAUCGGCUUCCGCUACUGGAACAACCCGGGCGCCUGGGUCGACUACAACGGCAUCACCGGCCCCACCGGCCACUUCCUGGGCUUCCUCUCCGCCUUCGUCAACGCCUCCUUCUCCUUCAUCGGCGUCGAGACGGUCGUCAUCGGCGCCGCCGAGGCCAUGGACCCGCACCGCGCCAUCCCCAAGGCCACCUCGCGCGUCACCUACCGCAUCGGCUUCUUCUACAUCCUCGGCGCCUUCCUCAUCGGCCUCAUCGUCGACCCGCGCAACGCCAACCUGGUGUCGGGCUCGGGCAACGCCAACUCGGCCCCCUGGGUCAUCGCCAUCAAGGAGGCCGGCAUCUCGGCCCUGCCCUCCAUCGUCAACGCCUGCAUCCUCGUGUCCGCCUGGAGCGCCGGCAACGCCUACUGCUGGGUCGGCUCGCGCAUGAUCGUCGCCAUGACCACCGACCGCCAGCUGCCGCAGUUCUUCGGCCGCACCACCCGCCACGGCGUGCCCUGGGUCGCCGUCAUCGCCUCGUGGCUAUUCGGGCCCCUCGCCUACCUCAGCCUCGGCUCCGGCGGCGCCAGCCAGGCCUUCACCUGGCUGCUCAACCUCUCCACCGUCGCCGGCCUCAUCGCCUGGGCCACCCUGUGCUUCUGCUACAUCCGCUUCCAUCGCGCCAUGCAAGUCCAGCGCGUCCCCCGCGAGUCUCUGCCCUGGCGCGCCCCCUGGCAGCCGUACGCUGCGUGGUACGGCUUUGUCGGGAGCGUCAUCAUCACCCUGGUCGCUGGCUUCCCCGUGUUUUUGAAGGGCAAUUGGUCCACGGCCGAUUUUAUCGCGUCCUAUAUUGGCAUUCCCAUCUUCAUCGUGCCCAUUGUCGUGUGGAAGCUGUGGCAUAAGACCAAGUUUGUGAGGGCCAAGGAUAUUGAUCUGUGGUCGGGGAGACUGCCGCCGAGGGAUGUCGACGGAGAGGAGGUGAAGAAGCCGAACACUCUAUGGAGGAAGUUUGUUGAUUGGCUUGUGUGA